AUGGAAACAAGCCUGGUAUCUUCAUCUCAAAUAAUUGAUUCUCAAAUACUCACAAAGCUCUUACAAUUAAUUUCUAAAAAUCAUACUUUAUCUAACUCCCCCCCCCCUCCGUGAGCGAACAAAACCAUUAGAAAAAUCGCCAUUUUUUGACCAAAAACCCACCCUCCGUGAGUGAACAAAAAUUUUUUUAAUAGAAAAAAAUUUUAAUGGAAAAAAAAUUUUGAUAUAUAAGUGAUAAUUAGUAUAAUGAAAUCUAGAGCUAAUUCUGUUUAAUUUUAAACAAAUUGCGUUUUAAAACAUAAAUUUUGCAAAUUAAAUUAAUAUUUGCUUCCCAAUUUUUGCAAAUUAGGAUUUUUUUUAAAUUUCGAAAAAAAUAUUUUUUAUAAAAUUUAUAUAUAAAUUUUUUUUAAAAAAAAAAAAUAACCCCCCUCCGUGAGCGAACAAAAUUUUUUUGUUCGCUCACGGAGGGGGGGGGGGAGUAAGCUUCUGAACAAGCAUUCCAAUAAAUCUAAAAAAGUUAGAAGGACUAUUCACAGAAAAUCAUCAAGCUUAGCUGACCUCAACUGUCCAGUUGACACCAAAAUUUCAGUUGACAUGGAUAUGACAUUCUCAGUUCUAACUGAAACCUGUAAAAACAGGUUUAAACUUGAAGAAUUUUCAAAUUCCAAAACUUUUCAUAACAGAUCUCCUAGUCUGUAUUCAUUAGACCAAUACUGGACUAUGGAUAUUAUUUUUCACUCACUAAUAGACAAAUAUAAAACAACUUCAUGAACUCGGGAUAAUAAAGGUGAGCCAGAAGCUCACCGAGUAAUUGUGAAACAAUUGUGAUUAGAUUGCUAUGCAUCUGAUUCUCAUUUUUGGUCUCUCUUAACUGAUCCUAUUGAAGGAUUGAUAUGGGUAAACAGUGAUAAUUUUAUAAAAUGCUUGGAAAAUUUGCAAGAGUCAUCCAGCUGGAAUAUUUUUACUCCAAAAAUAUUUGCUAAAAAAAAUAAGAAAAGCUUGAGAGUGCAAAGGCAACUAUGUAAGAAAUUAUUUAGUUUUUUUCUUGCUAAUUCAGUCUGAAAAUCAAGCUGAUUUAAAUAAAGAAGCUUUAAUUCAAGUAUUCGACAUGAGUGAAAAAUCAGCAAAGCAUCACUUGGAGAUGCUUGCGAAUAUGAUGCUAAAGAAAUGUGGUGAAAAUGUCGAAAAAAUCAGUUUUCAGAAAUUCUUGGAUAUCAUUAUCAAAACCACAUACAAAAAUUAA